AUGGCAGAUUUACCAUCAUACUCUUCACAAAAUAUAUCCACCACCGCCUCUAGUCCCCCUUUCACUCUUCUCUCCCACGGUGUGGUGAAUGCGAAGCCGCAGAGAUGGCCUUGGCCUUGGUCUUUCUAUUUCCGGGUCGACCAGAUUAGUUCGUUGAGGUUACUUGCUGUGCAGACUGCUACGAGGAGGGGUGGUGAGUUUUGUGCGAGGGAGAGGGAGAGGGAGAGGGAGAGGGAGAGGGAGAGGGAGAGGGAGAGGGAGAGGGAGAGGGAGAGGGAGAGGGAGAGGGAGAGGGAGAGGGAGAGGGAGAGAGAGGUGGGGAGUAUGGUGGAUAGGAUUGUUAAGGUAGCUAUGGGGAGUUGUGAGGUGUGGGGAUAG